AUGCUGGCGCCUGCCGAGGCGGCCCGCCACCCGACCAGCAGGCAGGUCUACCGCCCAGCCGAGGCACACACCCCGGUGCCCCCGCCUGCCCGCGCACGCCUCGACGCUGCAGCCGAGCGUAUCGCUCGCGAGGGUCGGCUCGGCACCCGACCCGACGAUAGUAGGGCGAACCAUGAUCGCCGAACCCCCUCGUCGCGCCCCGUGACCCCCGCCCCGGUCCCUCGCGAGCCAUCCCCCCAGCCGUCCGCGCACAACAGGGCAGCACCAGCUCAAACCUUGCGCACGCGCGUGUCCUUCUCCUCGCUCCGCGCACAGCGGUGUGAUGUCGGGCCCGAGCACAUUGCCUGCGACCCCAGGGACCACCAGCACCGCUCCGGCAAGCGCGGCGAGGAUGUCGUCGAGUUCGUCGGCCCGCCCCUCAACGAGCCCAACCACCGCAGGUUCCACUCGGACCACCUCCGCCCCGCGCUUAGGACGUCGGCUUCGCGCGAGCGGCUGAACAACAGGCGGCUGAGCGAGCCUACGUGCUCCAAGCCAGCUCCGCCCGCCCCCUUCCCCAAGCCGCCGGCCACGGCCAGUGGUUCUUUGGCCGUGCCCAUUCGCGGGCUGACCCCCGUGGCAGGGGGUUCUGGGCACAGCUACAGUCUUCCUCUGCAAGGCUUCAACCACCUCUACGCGCAGGCCAGGGGGCUCCAUGCCUGCCCGGACCCGUCUGCCCACAGGCAGACGCCGCCCCCGGUCCCGCCCCCGCCCAAGAACCUGGCCCGACCAAACCCGUACUCGAUGACGGCCAACAUGGAGCUCGACCCAGCCGACAAGCUUUACAGCUAUCUCCACUUCGCGACGAUUGAGUACUGGAGCUCGUGGCCGGCGAUUCUCCCCUACAGCAAGCCCCAGCGGGGUGCCCCCCUCGUGGGCGGCCGCACGCAGAUGGGACGCGAGUGGACCAAGCGCUUCAAGGAGACGGAGAAGGGGCGUGCGAGUGGCCGAGAGCUCCGUUCGUGGCAGGCUGGCAAGCCCUGGAGCGCGGAUAUCUUCCGGCACCUUCAGAAGCACGUCCCGGACAUUCCCAUUCCCCAGUCGCGCCGCGAGAGAAGCGACAGCAUCUUUGCUCUUCUCGCCGUGGGGUUCAGCGCGCAGAAGUGCACUGACCCGGAGGGUCCAGACAAUGGGCUCCUCAACUGGCUUCGUGGAAACGUGCUCGAGACGGCGGUCUGCGCGCUCCACAUGGUCCGCGACACUGCCCACACGUUCAAGUUUGGCACCAUCACGCACGAGUGGCACAGAGCACCAGGCGUGCUCUGGGAGGGCUUCGGUACGCUGGUCCUCCACGACAAGCUGAACGACUUUGACCGCGCGAUGGUCGUGAUUGCGCGCCCGCCAAGCGUAAUCAGCGGCGCCAUGAUGAAGGAGUUCGCCACCCCCGGCGCGCCCAACACCUGGUCGCACUGGUCAGCUGAUGCGGCCACGACUGAGCCGGGCCAGGUCAAUCUCCUCCAGGCACAGGUGUACGACGAGUGCCGCCAGAGCCGCGUCUACUACUUUGCUGUCACGACCGUCGAGUACUGGGUGUUUGGCGAGUUUAACGACACGUACACGCGCUGCACGGUCAGCCCCGCGAUCGCCCUCGGGUCGAGCAAGCCCAAUGUUAUCCAGUGCCUCACGUCCUGGGUUGUCCGGUCCCACGACCACCGCCUGUAUGCCAAGCGCCAGCGCACUGCGCCGUAGCCUGGUACCUGUUCCGAUCAAGCUUCUUCUCUCCCCGUCAACCCGGCUACAGCACCGGCUUCUCGCCCGUGCCAUCUACCAUCCGGCGACCUGACGUCUGGCGCUUGAGAAGUUCCAGAUCUUCCUGGCUCACCGCCUCGCGAAGCUCCUCCGACUUCGUGCCCCGCACCUGCCCCCUGUACUGCCCUACAGUGCAGGCAAUGAGCUACCGACGUGUGCAGAGUCCCCAGCCGCUCUCCUGGCCGAUGUCCUCUGCACUGCCCGACGAAUCGUACCCUCUCCGGUCCCCGAUGUCCGUGAACCUGCAACGCUCUGAGUGUCUCCUGUCAUCAACACUUAAUGCUGCCGAGUAUCCAUAUCGCCCCGUCGUGUUAAUAUGAGUGUCCGCACUAGCGGCCCGCGGUCCGCAAGCCAAACCUCACAAAGCCACAAAGCCCAUAAAGCCCACAAAGCCAUAAAGCCCACAAAGCCCACAAAGCCCACAAAGCCUUUCGCUCUUUGGUAUUUCUCUUCGACGUUAGUGUUUUAGUUAUCCUGCGCGUUCCUUCCCCGACAGCCCCGUUAACCCCUGUUCUCUUCGACCCAACCUAAUCGUCCAAAGCGGAUGUUGUACAUGGC